AUGUAUGGCAAGGCACAUGUUGUUUCAGCUUUUGAACAAAGUUUAAAUAAUAUGUCACAACGACUACAGAAUUUAUCGAAUACUACGACGAAAAAGGAUUCAGAACUACAUGAAUUAAGAGCUACAAUUGAUGCACUACGCAGUCAAACAGAAUUAGGAUUUUUGAAAAAACCACCAAUUAAUCGACCUUGUGAAUUGAAUAGAUCAAUGAUAAAAGAUACAUUAAAACAACAAGAAACUAUAUGUACUACAACAACUACACCUACUACUACUAAUAUGAAUACCAAUACUACUAACAAUGCUAGUAUGAGUGAAAAUGAACAGACACUUGUGAAUUCACGUUUAACUGUAUCAAAUACAAGUUUGACUGAUGUAGACAGUCAACAUUCGUCACAUAUGGAUCAGUCAAUUGAUAAAGUACCAUCGACUACGUCUAGUUGUAAAUCGUCAGGAAUUAAUGUGAAGAAAAAUGGAUGGGUAAAAACAAUUCGAAUUAGUAAUAAUAAUAAUAAUAAUAAUAAUAAUAAUAAUUAA